AGUCCCCCCCCCUCAUCCUUCCCUCACAAGGAGACAAUGUACAAGCCUCUCCUAUCCCACGAGGAUGAACAAGACGGAGGGUACAAGAGGUAUCCUUUUGCGGCCUUGGAGGACUACACCGAGGACGAGGACGAGCUGUGGAGCCUCUCGAGUAUCCCUGAAUCUACGAAUCUCCUUGCUGGCGGGGAGAAAACCUAUGACGAUGUGGAAGCGAAAGAAAAGAAACUGGCAUACCCAAAGUCAGUAUUCUUCAUCAUCGGGAAUGAGUUCUGCGAGAGAUUUUCCUACUAUGGCAUGAAAGCCAUCUUGACACUGUACCUGAAGUUCCAGCUGAUGUUUAGUGAGGAUGAUUCUACUAUUAUAUACCAUGUAUGGGCUAUGCUGUGCUAUUUCACACCAGUAAUUGGAGCCAUUAUUGCAGACACUUUCCUUGGACGUUUCAGAACAAUCUUCUACAUUUCCAUCAUUUAUGUGAUUGGCAAUGGAGUACUGUCUCUCUCAGCCAUACCACCUAUUAUGCCGGAUCUUAGUACAAAGAUAGCUGUUUCACUAAUAGGGCUACUCCUAAUUGCCCUGGGAACUGGAGGUAUCAAGCCCUGUGUAUCAGCCUUUGGGGGAGACCAGUUUGUUCUCCCUCAGCAAGAGCGACAACUUGCUCAGUUUUUUUCCAUCUUCUACUUCAGUAUCAACGCAGGUUCUCUUAUAUCAACUUUUGUAACACCAGUCUUAAGAGAUGACAUAAAGUGCUUCAAUGAUGACUGCUACUCUUUAGCCUUUGGAGUUCCAGCUGUCUUAAUGCUUGUUGCCCUAAUCAUCUUCGUGAUUGGAUAUUUGAUGGGCUUAUACAAAAUCAUCCCUCCUGAGGGUAGUGUGCUGACGAACGUAUUUGGAGCUAUUUGGCAUGCACUGAGAAGCAAAUCUAAGAGCAAGGAGAAGAAGGAACACUGGCUAGAUUAUGCUUCAGAUAAAUAUGAACCAAAGCUUAUCAAUGAUGUCAAGAUUCUGCUCAAGAUCCUUGUAUUGUACAUCCCUCUUCCAUUUUUCUGGGCCUUGUUUGAUCAUAAGGGAUCAAGAUGGACAUUCCAGGCUACCAGGAUGAGUGGAGAUAUUGGUGGGUGGACUAUUAAGCCUGAUCAAAUGCAGGUUAUAAAUCCCUUCUUCAUCUUAAUGCUGAUCCCUAUCUUCGACUCCUUUGUAUACCCUUUGUUAGCAAAGUGCAACAUUUUGACAAAACCCCUGACAAGAAUCUUCGCUGGAGGAGUCCUUGCAGGAGUAGCCUUCCUGAUCUCAGGCUUCUUGGAACUCAAGCUUGAGACUACAUAUCCAGUGCCAGUCAAAAGUUUGGAAACACGACUAUCAUUUAUCAAUGGGCUUCCAUGUGAUGUUACACUAAAUCUUCCCUUCGAAGAGGAACAGUUUGCUUUAAAACACUUGGAGGAGAAGGUGUUGAAGAGUGUUGCAAUUGAUGGAGCAGAACAUGAUUUAAAUGUUACAAUAGAUCUUGACACAAGUAACUGUGGAGAUAUCAAGUACUUUGAUAACAUUCUCCAAACAAAAGUUUUCGAGAAAACGGCUCAUGUCAUCAUGAUUACUGCAGACACCAAUGUAGUUAAAUUGGUGAAUGUAGAUCCUGCAGAUGAAAUUGAGAAGUCUAAUCAAGGACUCCCAAGACUAAGGAUGCUCUACAAUCUUGAGCAGGAUGUACCCUUAAAUUCUUCAGUACUUAUAAAGGGGAAAACUGCAUUCAGAUUCUCUCUCAGUGAUAAGGGACACAUUGCAGGAACAGAAUUCAUGGAUGUUGAACCUGAGACCUUUGAGGUUUUCCUGCCAACGGAGGACAGUGGAACAGAAUCUUCCUCCAUUGGAUCUUUUAGCGUGAAGAUGGGAGGAGUUUAUGACUUCAUGGUGCAUAAGCCUCUUGAUGGAUCCAAUGUAACAUCUGUCACAUUGUAUGAAGUUACUCCUGCCAAUACUGUCCAUAUGCUGUGGCUGAUACCGCAAUAUUUUGUUAUCACAGUAUCUGAAAUCAUGUUCUCCAUUACUGGGCUUGAGUUCUCAUUCAUGCAGGCUCCAAGUAGUAUGAAAUCAGUCUUACAAGCUGCCUGGCUUCUCACAGUAGCUUUUGGUAACUUGAUUGUUGUCAUCAUUGCUGAAGCCAAAUUCUUUGAAAGACAAGCUCUUGAGUUCUUCCUCUUUGCCGUCCUCAUGUUUGUUGAUAUGGUGGCAUUUGCUGCUUUAGCGGUAAGGUACAAAUAUGUAGAUCAAAAUGGAGAAAUCGAAGAUUCCAAAGAGAAGCAAGGAAAAUCAGGGAAGGAAAAUGAGGCGUAUUCUGAUGAUGAAACAAACUUUUGAUUAGAUAAUUACAGAGUCAUUAAUUGUUAAAUACCAAUCACUCUUCUGCUAUUACUUGUUUAAAGUUUUGGAGUAAUGUAAAUAAUAAUUUGCCUCAGUUACAUGAUUUCAAAUGAAAAAAAAGUCAAGUAUGCAGACAAAUAUUCCCUUUCCAUAUUUAUGAUUAUUCAAAUUGGCUGUUGUAAAAAACAAUUUUUGUUGGCUGUUUGAAUUAUACAUAUAUUUAAGGUUCAUUAUGGCUUCUGCUCCAUAUCUGUAGUCUACAGUAUGUAAAAACAUAUACUGGUAUAUAUACAUAAACUUAUUUGAUGAAUUAUUUUACGACAUGCCUUAAUCAAACCACAAAGUAAAGAUAAAGGUCAAAGUUGAAGUUUAUUUACAGUACAUAAUGUUUAUAUUUAUUGUCUUAUUCCAUAUUUUUCAUGUAUCUCAGCCAUUAGCCUUUCAUCUUGUAAAUAUCAUUUUUAUCUGUGAAUAUUGUAGAACAGUUUUUACAAUAAUUCUAGGUUUUAACUUGGGACAGCUGAACCACAUGUAUUAUCUGUCUUGUACAAGAGUCCUGUAAAAUACUUGGUGGGUGCCAGAUACCUGCAGUGUGUCUUAUAUUAUAAACAUUGAUUUUGUUUAUAUAUAAAUGGCUUCACAAGUGCUUAGUCACCAAGGAGAUAAAUUCCUGGGCUACCUAAUCUCACUUUUUUACCCCAUUCCUUGAUUUUUUUGUUGAAAGUUUUUACUUCUAUUACUGAAAGGUGAGGUCAAGGAAAUCUACUAAUUGAGUCCUUAGGAAGCCAUGUGUGUGUGUGUGUGUGUGUGUGUGUGUGUGUGUAAACAAGAUUAAUUGAAGAAAACCACAGUGGGCAGCACACACAGACAUGCACUCCUAGUGUCAAUAGGUUGAAUAGUGAAUACAUAGAAAUAACAUAGGAGACCAAUGGAAACCUAUUAUAUUUGCAAACAUAUUUUUCCAGAUAUUUUAAAGUUUUAAACAAAUGAAUGUGGUAAAUAUGAAAGGUCUUACACAAAUGUAUUUUCCCAAAAAAAUCCUAGAAAUGUCAAUUUACAGCAAAUGCUUUUUGGAACAACCCUUUUUGUGCAUGCAAAUACAAAAUUAUAUUUUGGAUUAUUUAAAUAUAUAUCAAUCAUUGUGUCAGAUUUUUUGGUGGAUCAGCUUUGAUUUAUAAUAUUGUUACCUGUUAAACCAAUAGAUACAAUUUUUAGGAAUACCAGUGUAUAUUAUUUUAAUAUUUCAGAAGAAAAUAUUCAUAAUUAAUGAUUGCAUACUGUAAUGUUAUGCUGUAUGUAUCUUCAAUGUCAUAAGAUAAUUUACUUCUGAUGCAAAAGUAUUAAAAACAUAAUUUUGUUUCUCUUUAUUUAAAACAAGGAUUUUUUAAAUAAAUAUCUUUUAAUAAAAAAAAAAAAA